ACAACCCGGUGAGCCAUGUAUGGAAAGGUUUAUCCAGGCCUGAUCUUGGGUGAACUUUGCUGGUCGGAGACCACAUCAUCGUGUCGCGAUUCUUACAAUCCAUGAGACGUUUUUGAUCCAGUUCACAGCGAAGCAAUAUGCUGCGGAGUCAUCCAGCUUGGCGCUGGCAGGCCUUCCGACAAGCGCGUGCUCCAACACUUCGCCCUUAUUCGGGCCUCCAUCAGCUUCAACCCCAUAGUCCACCACCAUGGAGACCUGUCUCGGCUUUGGAUGAGUGGGUCGAACGCGACAUCCGACCGAUAAGUUUACGACAAUUAACAUUUUUUGGGCGGACUUUGACAGAAUCUCGACUUAUUAGCUCGGCUAACUAUGUGCGAACGGAGCUUCCAACUAGGCUUGCACAUCGCCUACGAGAUAUUCAAAGGCUGCCAUAUGUUGUCGUAGCUAAUCCUCACCUGUCUCUCGUAUAUGAGCUCUACUAUAAAGCCUUUGAACGAUUUCGAACGAUUCCGGAGAUUAAAACACUCGAGGACAACGAUAAGUUUUGUGAUGUCCUACGCAAGACGCUGAAGGAACACCUUGUGGUGAUCCCAAGAUUAGCAAUGGGUGUGCUGGAGUGCCGUGCUCUGCUACCGGCAGACGUGCUGGAUCAAUUUAUGAAUACUUUGCUUCGCGCGAGAAUCUCCCGCCGAGUCAUAGCGGAACAACACCUGGCGUUAACGGAAACGUUCAACUCCCCGUGGCACUUUCCUGGCUCCCAGGAUCGCACGGAUGCUAAUGCGGACUACGUUGGCGAAGUCUUCCUGAAGUGCAACGCAAAGGAGGUUAUUGAGCGCUGUGGUAAACUUGCGCAAGAUAUGAUGCGCCAGGCAUCAGGAACCGAGAAAAUUCCCGAGAUUUCCGUGCAGGGGCACCUAGACGCCACUUUUCCCUACAUGCUAAGCCACCUGGAAUAUAUAAUUGGGGAGCUUCUACGAAACUCUAUCCAGGCUGUCAGUGAAAAGUAUAAUGGCUUGCCUGAGAAGCCACCACCUAUUGAAGUACUCGUAUGCGAAGCACCACAGCAUGUUAUCAUGCGAAUUUCUGACCAGGGAGGAGGCAUACCUCGCGAGGUUCUACCGUACCUGUGGUCAUUUAAUAAAGGCCCUCACAGUAAAGCACGGCUUCAAAAUUUGGAGCAGGUUCCGGCAAUGGCAGCCACGAUGCAAGAGCUGACAGUGCCGAAGGAAACGAAGCGCGCUGACAAGGAAACAUUCCGAGAGAGCUCGCUUGACACACUUACCUCACGGCCGCCAAACCUUCGCCUGGGCAUGGGGCUUCCUAUGAGCCGAGUUUAUGCGGAAUAUUGGGCAGGCAGCCUCGAAUUGCACAGCUUGGAAGGAUAUGGGGUGGAUGCAUUCCUGCAGAUAUCCAAGCUUGGCAACAAGAACGAGCAAGUCACCACGAGGGCAUCGAUUGAUGCUGUGUGA